UCUAAGAUCAAAGAUGGCGGGAGCCUCCGACCCACUGGAGGACAUGCUCUUCAAUGAGGUGGAUGAGAAAGCGGUUAGUGACUUAGUGGGCUCUCUGGAGUCUCAGCUGGGCGAUAGGAAGACUCCCGGGGCCUCCUUUACCGACGGGAAACGGGACCCAGCUUCGACGACGGCCACUCACUUCUCAGGGAAAGACCGAGAGCUCCCGGGCUCUGUGGAGCCGCAACAAGGGCAGCAGAGAGCGGGUUUACCCGGGGAACAUAGAGCCACCGAGCCGCUGUCCGCUAAAUCUACCUCCUCCUCCGGGACCAACCCCACCGGGACUGCUCCCGCCAUCAGCCCCGCAGAGACCCUCCGUACAGCGGGCUCUACCCCGGGACAAAGUUUGAACGGUAGCCCCGCAGCCCCCCCAGCGGCCGGGACCAGCUCCGUUAUCAACACCGUCAGUCCAGGGGGGUCCACGCUCAGUCCCGGGGUCCCCACGGUCACUGCCCCCAUGACCUCCCAGCCAGACUUCCCGGGACACCCCCAGGCCUCGGUUGUGGCCCCAGGUGGACCCCUGCAGAGACUCCCAGGCCCGGUGACCCAGAAUGGAGUGGAUCCCAAAGGAGCCCCUGUUGUGGUCCAGGGCGGUCCCUCCUCUCAGGUCCUGAACCACAGCGCCCCCCCUCCGGCAACCAAGGUGCUGCUGCCCAGUCAGCCGGCCUCUGGGAGCUCUGUCAUCCUGACCGGCACCCCGCCUCCUCCCGCCCAGUCCCCCAUCGGUCAGAUCCAGACCGGGACCAGUCCGGCCUCCGGUGGGGUGAAGUCCGCUGUAAACGGGGUGGCUUCACCGACGGUGGCCCCGCUGAGACCCCCAGGCGCUCCGGUGGUGGCCACCUCUGUCCAGCAGCAGAGACCUGGGCUGGUGGCCCCCCCCACCAGGGCGGCGGCCCCUCAGCCCCCCCUGGCAGUCCGACCUCAGCAGCAGACCACAAUCCAGCUGCCCCCCGGCUUCACCAUGCCGCCAGGUAUGGUUCUGGUCCGGACAGAGACGGGUCAGCUGGUCAUGGUCCCUCAGCAGAUUCUGGCUCAGGCUCAAGCUAAGACGCAGCAGGGCCAGACGGUCGCCAAUAUUACCCAGAGGCCGACCACGCCCACUGCAGGGGCCGCCAUCCGGGUCUCGACCGCCUCCCCUGCUCCUCAGACCGUCCGCCUGGCCACGCCUGCUCACACCAGAAUGGUUCAGUCUCCGCCCACCACCACCGUGCAGAAGGCCAUCACGGUGACCCCGGGGGGAGCGGCGCUGUCGGUGAAGAUGGCGCCCCCUCAGAAGACCCAGACCGUCAUCACGGCAGGAGGGACACCUGUGGCCAAACCCACCGGAGUCCCGCCCACUCCACUAACCAGCACCCCGCCCACCGCCACCACCCCGGCUGCUAACAGAGUGACAGUGGUGUCCCAGGAAAUGCAGGAAAACGUGAAGAAAUGCAAGAACUUCCUCGCCACGCUCAUCAAGCUGGCGUCCCACAACUCCCCGUCCCCUGAUACCUCCAAGAAUGUGAAGGCCCUGGUCCAGGACCUGCUGGUAAGCCACAUAGUCCA